CGCACGUUAGCGGAAGUUUUGUCAGCGCUCUUUGUUGGUUCUAGAAUCACUCUCUAUUUUGUAGUCCAAGUGUCAGCAGUCGAUGCCCCUCCGAUCGAACUGAACUGCAUUACGUAUUAAAACCGGGAACUGCUAUUUGGAAUCGGAAAUUUCCAUCGAAUCCCCAGUAGGCGGGUCAACUAGUUCGAAACUCCAAGACCCCGCACCCGGAAAACCUGGAACUAUGCUGUGUCAGAUGGCCCGUGGACUUGGAACGGUGCUGGCGAGGAGAUGUCACUGGUCGUCUGCCAAAGAGAGGCGUCUUCUGGCCUCAAACUUCUCAGCCUUCGCGUGCCACCAGAUGCCCAGGAGCUAUUCACUGGAAAAGGGGCCCCAGGUGAGCUCGGAUCAUCGCUCAGGGACAAUGGAUGAUGUGACUCGCACCAUUCGCGAGCAGUCCGGCGUGGACGUGGGCUAUCACACCAUUCCCAAGCCCCGGGAUCAUCUUCUGCAGCACCAGCCCAAGCGCGAGGAACUCCCACCUAGAACUAUGUCGGAUUCACACACCACUGCCGUCUUACCCCUGAGUUCGAGUGAGUUAAUCCGCGAGAGCUACGUAAAUCACCUGGGUAGGGUGAGAUUGGGCAGGAUUAUGGAGGAACUGGACAUGUUCGCGGUGUGGGUCUGCCAUCGCCAUGUGAAGCUACCCAAAUUACCUGAAGGAGUCCCACUGCCCUACACUUUUGUCACUUUACUGGUGGACAAAGUGGAAUUCACCAAUCUUGAGCGGUUGCAGGUCAACCAGGACAUCGAGAUCAGCGGACACAUCUCGUGGGCAGGACGCAGCUCCAUGGAGAUCACCAUCUACGUAAAGCAGUUGGCAUAUGGCGAGUACAUCGAUGUGACCAAGGCCAUCUUCCUAAUGGUGGCCAGGAAUGCGACAAAUACGGGACCGGCGCCCAUUAAUCCUUUAGAGGUGGGUGAUGAGACAGAAAAACAAAUUUGGGAGCAAGCGGAGAAGCGGCAAAAGCUGCGCAAGUCCUCGGCCAUGGAUUCCGUGUUGAAUUCCCCGCCCAGGGAAUACGAGCAGACCAUUAUGUACGAUAUCCUUAAGAGAACAACCCCUAUGAACAGCAUGGAUCUGAACAAGCGGAUCCUUCCUCCCAAAUGUCGCUGGAUGGAGGAUUCCCUGCAGACGACGAUGAUUGCUCCGUUCCCGGAGAACAGGAAUGCGCAAAAUACCAUAUUUGGGGGGUAUUUAAUGCGCCAGGCCGUAGAGAUCAGCUUCAUAAUGGCCAGUAUCUACCUGGGCGACAGGCCUAUCCUCAAGUGCAUCUCGGAUAUUAGCUUUAUGCACCCGGUCCAUGUCAACAAGUUCCUCCAGCUCACCGCCUACGUAGUUUAUGCCGCCCAGAAUUACGUCCAACUGAUGACAGUGGCUCAGAUUUGGGAUGCCAAGAGCGGGAAAGUCCAGACCACCAAUGUCUUCUACUUGACUUACAGGGCGGAUAAGGUUCUGGAUGAAGUGCUCCCGCGUUCCUAUCGCGAGAUGUUGUGGUAUGUCCAUGGUAGGAGAAAACUUCUGGCCGCCCUUAAUCUGCAGCCGGAGUACCCCGAUCCUAUCACGGUGCCCAAGGAGAGCUCAAAUAAUAUCAGCACCUAGAGUUAAUACAUGCGCUUGCAAAUUUUCAAGGUUUAGUUGUAUAAUUGUUAGCCCUAUUUAUUUUCCUACCUUUUUUCCAAUUUAAUUUGAUGGUCGACUCAAAGUUUUGGUUUUCUGACCUAUUCCGAUUUUAAAAAUCUUUUAAGAUAUAACAGCUCUUGUACGACUUUCUAAGCAUAAGCAUAACUUGCCUUAAUUAUCUUAAAGCAUGAUAAUUUUCGCAACCAAUAUAUUUAAUUACUCUGUUCAAAAAAAUUAACGAAUUAUGUGGCAAAUAUUGUUGAUUAUUAGAAGUAUCUGUAACUUGAAAACCUAGUCGGUAAAAUAAAAAUCACAAAGUCCAAAAAAAAA